AUCUAGUAAAUGUCAGAGCCUCGGUUUGAAUCUAGAUGAUUUUUGUUACAGCUCCCAUGCACUUAACAUUGUAAGUCUUCUGUUGUCAGAACUAUAGAUACUAACCAUAGUCAUAUCUUUCUCAGGAAGCAUGAAGAACUUACUUGGGAAACAGAAGACAGAUUUUGGAAAUAUAUGUGAGAAAGACCAAGGAUCAUGCAGAAAGAAAUGCAGAACAGAGGAAGUUGAAUUACACUACUGUGUAAAUGGCAAAAAGUGCUGUAUGAAAUCGUAUUCAACCAUUAUUCCUAAUGUAGUAGAAGAAAAGAUUAACUGGCCAUUUUCGGGCACCACAAGUCAACCUAGUUACUGAAGAUUGUCAGCCUUUCCUCCCUUAUUAAAAUCUUCCUGUCAAGUUUUUUUCACUAUAAAAUUUCAUUCCAACCUUCUAUGUCUGUCUUUUGCUCUAUGAAGAUUCAUGAUUAGAGGAGGUAAAUUG